AUGCUGUCCAGAACGUCGCUUCUGUCGCUUCUUUCGCUUGCAGCUGGGGUUGUCAAUGCAGACUUUGGCAUAACGACCAACGAUGAUUCCUAUGUCAUAAACGCCAAUUCUCCCAACUCGCUGGUAUUUACUGUGGACCGCGGAAGCUGCGAUAUUACUUCCAUCGUGCAUUAUGGCACAGAGCUGCAGUAUUCCGGCAAGGGUAGCCAUAUUGGUUCUGGUCUUGGAACUGCCACAGUGUCUGCUACCAAGAGUGGCGACUACAUCAAGGUGACCUGUGAAACGGACACAUUGACCCAGUAUAUGGUUGUCCAUGAUGGUGAUCCUAUUAUUCAUAUGGCCACCUACAUUACAGAGGAGCCAUCUAUCGGCGAAUUGCGAUUCAUUGCUCGACUCAACCCGGACGAACUCCCCAACGAGGAGCCGUUCGGCGAUGUGUCCAACACUGCCGGUGGGGAGGCUAUUGAAGGAUCUGACGUGUUCCUCGUCGAUGGGGAAACCCGUAGCAAGUUCUACUCCAGCCAGCGUUUCAUUGACGAUCAAAGACACUGCAUCGCGGGCGACGAGCACCGCGUCUGCAUGAUCCUCAACCAAUACGAAACCUCUUCCGGUGGCCCAUUCCACAGGGACAUCAACUCCAACAACGGAGGCGACUACAACUCCCUCUACUGGUACAUGAACUCGGGCCACGUUCAAACCGAGUCCUACCGCAUGGGUCUCCACGGACCCUACUCGAUGUACUUCAGCCGCAGCGGCACUCCCAGCACCGACAUCGACACGUCCUUCUUCGCGGACCUCGACAUUGAAGGCUACGUCGCCGAAGCAGACAGGGGAACCGUAUCCGGAACCGCGUCAGGCGCUGACUCCAGCUUCGACUGGGUCGUUCACUGGUACAACGACGACGCCCAAUACUGGACCUACACAUCCUCCUCCGGCAGCUUCACCUCCCCCGCCAUGAAACCAGGAACAUACACCAUGGUCUACUACCAGGGCGAGUACGUCGUCGCCACCAGCGAAGUGACGGUCAGCGCCGGCUCGAGCACAACCAAGAAUAUUUCCGGCUCCGUCAAAACAGGAACGACUAUCUUCAAGAUUGGCGAUUGGGACGGACAACCAACCGGCUUCCGCAACGCAGAAAACCAACUCCGCAUGCACCCCUCCGACUCCAGAAUGUCCGACUGGGGCUCCCUAACCUACACCGUCGGCAGCUCCUCGCUAACUGACUUCCCCAUGGCCGUCUUCAAGGCCGUCAACGACCCAGUAACCAUCAAGUUCACCGCGACAUCCGACCAAACCGGUGCAGCGACGCUGCGUAUCGGAACUACGCUGUCGUUCGCAGGUGGACGUCCUCAAGCGACGAUAAACGACUACGAAGGCUCCGCACCAUCCGCACCCACGAACCUGAACUCCCGUGGCGUGACUCGCGGCGCGUAUAGAGGCUACGGCGAGGUGUAUGAUGUUUCGGUUCCGGAGGGGACAAUUGUCGAGGGGGAGAAUACGAUCACGAUUAGUGUUAUCUCGGGGAGUUCGGGGGAUGAGUUUUUGAGUCCGAAUUUUGUCUUUGAUUGUGUGGAGCUGUUUCAGUGA